AUGCACAGUCGCACCAUAACCGCGGCCUCUGUCCCCGUUCUAGACCCGCCCCGGAGAGAAGACCUUUCCACUACUAUCCUGCGCAUGAACAAGGGCUCUGCUGAGUUUCUGGAAGGGGAUCUUGAGAUGCCCAGAAGUCGAUCGGCCAUGAAGUGCAUGAGCUCCACCUACAGCUGCCUCUGGCCCAAAUCUGACAACGGCCGAGUGGAGAUCCCCUACACGCUGAGCGACAAGUACACCUUCGAAGACAAGAAGGAGAUUUUGCGAGCACUGAAAGACUUUGAAAUGAAGACCUGCAUCCGCUUCCACCCACGCAGCAGCGAGACGGCUUACUUGAGUUUUGAGCCGAGAUACGGAUGCUCCUCUCUGCUGGGCCGCACUGGAGACAAGCAGACCGUGUCCCUACAGAGACUGGGCUGUGUGCAGAUGGGCAUCAUUCAGCACGAGGUCAUGCACGCCAUGGGCUUCUACCACGAGCAAAAUCGCAGCGACCGCGACCGCUACGUCCAGAUCAAUUGGGAUAACAUCUUGGAGUAUUUCACCAAAAACUUUGAGAAGGCCGAUACAGACAACCUGGACACUCCCUACGACUAUUCUUCCAUCAUGCACUAUUCAAAAGACGCUUUUGGAAAGAGGUGGGCGGACACCAUCGUUCCCAUUCCCGAUCCCAAUGUUCCCAUCGGACAAAGGGACCAACUGUCAGAUCUGGACGUGAAGAAAAUCAACAAGCUGUACAAAUGUUUGGGCUACUAG